CCUCUCGAGUAAAGCCCGUCACGAUGGACUCUUCCAAAACAGACCGCGAUCGCUCUCGCUCUCCCCGGAGAUCCCCCGGUCCACGUAAACCCAAGAACUUCAGCAACCUCAAGUUCAAAGGCGACCGCGAGCGUCGCGACCCAGACAGACGACGCGACGACCGAGACCGAGACCGAGAGAGGCGACCGCGAGAUUACUCGGACCGCGACCGAAGACGCGAUGACGACCGAGAGCGCGAUCAUCGCCGUCCCCGAGAUACGUCGCGCGACAGACGACGAGACUCGAGCCGUGAGCGCCGUCGGCGCUCCCGCUCGCGCGACCGCAAACCACGCGACUCGAACCGCGACAGCAAACCAAAAGAAAAGAAAUCCGCUGCUGCUGCUCCUGCGGCUCCUGCUGCACCCUCUGAGCCCAUGAUUCUCGUCACUAUCAACGACCGUCUAGGCACCAAGACACAAGUCCCCUGCCUCCCCAGCGACCCCAUCAAGCUGUUGAAAGCCAUGGUUGCUGCAAAGAUUGGGCGACCGGUGCAUGAGAUUAUGCUGAAGAGGCAGGGUGAGAGGCCGUUUCAUGAUAAUCUCACGUGUGCAGAUUAUGCGAUUAGCAACGGUGUGCAGAUUGAUUUGGAGUUGAAUACCGGGGAUUGAGGUGGGAGGGGGGACCACAUAUGGGUGUAUUGGCAUGCAAAAGGUUGGGGACGAAGUGUGUAUCGGAGCAUGUAUAACGCAAAGCUACAUGGAAAAACUGCGACAGAUUAUGAUACCCAAUAAAGUGUUUCUUACUCGAUUCAGCAUACGGAUAUUCCAGCCGCAGGGCCUGUAUACCGACUAAUCCCUCGUGCGUCUCACCCCUCCAGCACCUAUUCAUCCCCAUCAUCAUCCUUCGCCUGAAUACGAUCAGGAAUGCCCCUCCUCACUCUGUAUUUCUCAUUCACCACCUCUACACUUUCCUGCCUCUCCCUCUGCAACACAGGCAUAUAAUUUCCCUUGGCCCUGCCCAGAUCCCCUCCAUCAAACACCCUCGGGCCACCCCUCGCUAUCCCAAUACUCUGUUGCUCAGCCGGCACCUCCGCAUCCAGCGUCGACUGU